AUGCCCUCCUGGGCCCUCUUUAUGGUCACCUCCUGCCUCCUCCUGGCCCCUCAAAACCUGGCCCAAGUCAGCAGCCAAGAUGUCUCCUUGCUGGCCUCGGACUCAGAGCCCCUGAAGUGUUUCUCCCGAACAUUUGAGGACCUCACUUGCUUCUGGGAUGAGGAGGAGGCAGCACCCAGUGGGACAUACCAGCUGCUGUAUGCCUACCCGGGGGAGAAGCCCCGUGCCUGCCCCCUGAGUUCUCAGAGCGUGCCCCGCUUUGGAACCCGAUACGUGUGCCAGUUUCCAGCCCAGGAAGAAGUGCGUCUCUUCUUUCCGCUGCACCUCUGGGUGAAGAAUGUGUUCCUAAACCAGACUCAGAUUCAGCGAGUCCUCUUUGUGGACAGUGUAGGCCUGCCGGCUCCCCCCAGUAUCAUCAAGGCCAUGGGUGGGAGCCAGCCAGGGGAACUUCAGAUCAGCUGGGAGGCCCCAGCUCCAGAAAUCAGUGAUUUCCUGAGGUACGAACUCCGCUAUGGCGCCAAAGAUCUCAAGAACUCCACUGGUCCCACGGUCAUACAGUUGAUCGCCACAGAAACCUGCUGCCCUGCUCUGCAGAGGCCACACUCAGCCUCUGCUCUGGACCAGUCUCCAUGUGCUCAGCCCACAAUGCCCUGGCAAGAUGGACCAAAGCAGACCUCCCCAACUAGAGAAGCUUCAGCUCUGACAGCAGUGGGUGGAAGCUGCCUCAUCUCAGGACUCCAGCCUGGCAACUCCUACUGGCUGCAGCUGCGCAGUGAACCUGAUGGGAUCUCCCUCGGUGGCUCCUGGGGAUCCUGGUCCCUCCCUGUGACUGUGGACCUGCCUGGAGAUGCAGUGGCAAUUGGACUGCAAUGCUUUACCUUGGACCUGAAGAAUGUUACCUGUCAAUGGCAGCAAGAGGACCAUGCUAGCUCCCAAGGUUUCUUCUACCACAGCAGGGCACGGUGCUGCCCCAGAGACAGGUACCCCAUCUGGGAGGACUGUGAAGAGGAAGAGAAAACAAAUCCAGGAUUACAGACCCCACAGUUCUCUCGCUGCCACUUCAAGUCACGAAAUGACAGCGUUAUUCACAUCCUUGUGGAGGUGACCACAGCCCUGGGUGCUGUUCACAGUUACCUGGGCUCCCCUUUCUGGAUCCACCAGGCUGGUAAGAACUUUCUUCCCCAUUCUUCCCACAUAGUUCCCAGCCCCACUGAAUCUGACCCUGUGCCCAGGAUCCCCAACUCUGACCCUUCUGACCAAUGGUUCUGGUGGCACGACGCCUCGUACACAGAAGGACUUAAGCUGCUCCCUGCUGACAUCCCUGUAGUGCGCCUCCCCACCCCAAACUUGCACUGGAGGGAGAUCUCCAGCGGGCAUCUGGAAUUGGAGUGGCAGCACCCAUCAUCCUGGGCAGCCCAAGAGACCUGCUAUCAACUCCGAUACACAGGAGAAGGCCAUCAGGACUGGAAGGUGCUGGAGCCGCCUCUCGGGGCCCGAGGAGGGACCCUGGAGCUGCGCCCGCGAUCUCGCUACCGUUUACAGCUGCGCGCCAGGCUCAAUGGCCCCACCUACCAAGGUCCCUGGAGCUCGUGGUCGGACCCAGCUAGGGUGGAGACCGCCACCGAGACCGCCUGGAUUUCCUUGGUGACCGCUCUGCUGCUAGUGCUGGGCCUCAGCGCCGUCCUGGGCCUGCUGCUGCUGAGGUGGCAGUUUCCUGCACACUACAGGAGACUGAGGCAUGCCCUGUGGCCCUCACUUCCAGAUCUGCACCGAGUCCUAGGCCAGUACCUUAGGGACACUGCAGCCCUGAGUCCGCCCAAGGCCACAGUCUCAGAUACCUGUGAAGAAGUGGAACCCAGCCUCCUUGAAAUCCUCCCCAAGUCCUCAGAGAGGACUCCUUUGCCCCUGUGUUCCUCCCAGUCCCAGAUGGACUACCGAAGAUUGCAGCCUUCUUGCCUGGGGACCAUGCCCCUGUCUGUGUGCCCACCCAUGGCUGAGUCAGGGUCCUGCUGUACCACUCACAUUGCCAACCAUUCCUACCUACCACUAAGCUAUUGGCAGCAGCCUUGAGGAUAGCCUUGAGGCUCCUCACUCCCAGUUCCCUGGACGGAGCUAAACCCUCAAGACUUCUCUGUGAACUUCCCUACCCUACCCCCACAACACAAGUACCCCAGACCUCACCUUCAUCCCCCUCUGUCUGCCCUCACAAUUAGGCUUCAUAGCACUGAUCUUACUCUACUGCUGCUGACAUAAAACCAGGACCCUUUCUCCACAGGCAGGCUCAUUUCACUAAGCUCUUCUUUUACUUUCUCUCUCCUCCUUAAUGCCAAACACCUUGAAAACAAGCCUUCACUUCCCCACACUCCCCAUUUACUCUUCAGACUACUUCAAUUAGUUCCCCUACUACACUUUGCUAGUAAAACUACCCAGGCAAAGUGCACCUCAAAUCUUCGAAUUCCAAGAUCCAAAGGAUCUCGUUAAUCAUCAGUUCCUUUGAUCUCUCUGUGAGAUUUGUCAUGGCUGACUACUCACUUUUCCUUUAAAUUCUUUCCUACCUUGGUCCUGCCUCUUUGAGUAGACUAGUAGUUUUUUAAAUUUGUUUGUUUGAGACAGGGUCUCACUCUGUCACCCAGGCUGGAGUGCAAUGGCGCAAUCUCAGCUCACUGCAACCUCCAC